AGAAGAUGGCGGCGCGGGCCGCCGAGGGCGGGAAGGUGGGCUAUUUCGUUAGGGAAAUCGAGAGGAACGACGGAUCCACUCUGCGGAUCCAACAGUGCAGCGAAGGCGACGUGGGCUGCGUCGUGUGGGACGCUGCCAUCGUCCUCUGCAAAUACUUAGAAACCAAAGCGUUUUGGGAGCCCGCGGCAGGAAGAAAUGAGUGGCUCCAGAAACGGGUGGUGGAGCUGGGAGCGGGAACCGGAGCGGCGGGACUGAUGGCGGCCAGUCUGGGGGCGCGUGUCACACUGACAGACCUGCCGGAGCUGCAGCACCUUCUGCACCUGAACAUGGAGGAGAACCGGAGUCUCGUCACGCAGGGCGACGUCAGAGCCGGCGAGCUCACAUGGGGCGCAGAUGUGACAGAGUUCCAACCGGAGCCCGACUUCAUUCUCAUGGCUGACUGCAUUUACUACGAGCAGUCUGUUGGGCCGCUGCUCAAGACCCUACGGGACCUGGCUGGACCACACACCUGCGUCAUUUGUUGCUAUGAGCGUCGCACCGUGGGCCGUAACCCUGCGGUGGAGCAGACUUUCUUUGAGCUCUUGCUGCAGGACUUCGAGUGCCACGAAAUACCGCUGGAGCAGCAGGACCCGGAGUUCAGCAGCCCGGAUAUUCGCAUCCUCCACAUCUGUCGAAAACCCUAAGAUUGCGCAGGGAAGUGUGUUCCUGCUGCUCUUUGGUCUCUACAAACUUUUGGCUCUUUACAUACAGUAUAAUUAAUGUGCUUUCUUUUAAUCAGCUCUCUCACGCUGCAGAGCAGAGAGCCGUGUGAAAUAGAAUUAACGGAACUGAGUCAACACAUGGGUGUCAUUUGUUUAGGUUUGUACAUUGAAAAGGAAGUUUUGUUUGCUAGAAAAUAAAAAAAAAAAAAAAAAGGUCCUAUUUUUCAUAUGUAAAAACAACAGGUGUGGUUGAAGACCUGCAGUUGUAAAUGAUCUUACUUUACAUUAUAUUCCCUAGCUCAGGAAACCAAGUUACACUUUUUUUCUUUUUUUUUUUAAAAAGCUGUUCCACAGUGGAAAAAUAAAUUUUGCAGUUAAAACUGGUAAAGGAGGAUUAAUACUUAUUGGAAUAAUGAGUUUUCACUUGGUGGGGGGGGGUUGCUGGUUAAAUUUAGUUUAUUGCGGAUGGUUACUGCUGCAUUCUUCUGUUCCAGAAAGUACAUUUGGAGAGAUUUUCUGUUUUACUGCUGCAAGAUUAAUAUUUAAUAGGUGCCACUGAAUUUUUCUGCAGUGACUUCUGAAUCCUUGGCCUACGUUUUACCGUGCCUCGUAUCCUCUAAAGUGCUUAGAAACCAGACAAAGUGCUUCAUGCUGAGGUUGGUAACCGUCAAAGAUGUGUGCAUUGAUGAGUGUACAUCAGCGUACAUAUGCAGGCACAAAAAGAGGUGGCGUGCAGCUCACUGGCCCAACAAGAUCUCUAUGUAAAAUUCACCUCCAGUGCAAUUAUCCGGCUGUAUAAAUGGGUAAAUAAUUGUAAGAAGCUGAACGUCGUAAUUGGCUUCGGAGAAAAGCAUCAAAUAAAUGUUUUGGUACACACACUCCAUCCUCUCUUCCUGUACAGCUCAUGGACAGUGUACUUGAUCUGGUGAACACACUUAUAUCUUCUCAUGUUCCCACAUGGCCCUGUAGCUAAAUCUCAUUUUUGCUGAAAUACCAUAUGGAAUAUUGUAACUGACCAUUAGGUGUCAGGGUCAGCUAACAAAAUGAGCCCAGGACUCUCAAAUUAUACUGGUUCCUCAACUUGGAAAGUGCAGUUGGGGCCAGAAAUCUGUUUCCAACUUUGUUUGUAAAUCCAGUCAAUUUUAGCACUAAUUCACAAUUGAUGAAAGGUCAGUAAUAUAGAUGUAUUUAUUUCUUUGCUGUUAGGUGCAGCAAAAACCUCAGAUAAAGCAAUAAGUCUUCAGAGUUAUUACAGCUUUAUUUUUAUUAACUUCAAACAUUAAUACCAAAAUUUCCAAAAAUAAGAUGUUAAUUUUUCCACCUACAUUUGUCUGAUGUUUUUCUCCAGAGUGACUUGUAAUGUUGAGCUACCUACGACUAUUUACCCAUUUAUACAGCUGGGUCUGGAGCAAUUUGGGG